GGGUUACGUCGGAUGCUUCUGUCCUCGGACUCACGCGGAAACGAUGCGCCGUCUGAGAGGAAUGUUGUUUCAGUCCUCAAACCACGCUGUGGUGGAAGAUGUCAAACGAUUCUGUCAAAGUGCACAAUAGUAGGCCUACAAGUGCUCUGUCCAGGGGGGUGGUUCACUUUUCACGAGUGGUAGUGGCGUGGCGCCUGUUGGCUGCUGAGGUGAGUAUCCUGAACCCCCACCGUCAGAUUAAUAAGUGUUCUAGCUGACGUCACCGGUAUUUAAGGCGGCUCUCUGCGGGAUAACGGCUUGGGCGUGUGGGCGCGUGCCUAAUCGUUUAAUUCAACCGUGAUCACUUUGGGAUUGUUGUGUCUCCGGGAUGGGGAGCACGGGGGCCGAGCCGUGCAAGAAGAGAGACGGCAAGAAGAGGCUGUGCAAAAAGAAGAGGACGAUGCGGCUCAACAUGCCGGACCUCUGCUCUCUCACCAUGCCCUUCCAGGAAGGAGAGACGGGCAAUUCCGAUAAAGAUGGUUUACGCAAGGCAGACGGAGGGGCCUGUGUCCACUCGGCCAGCCCCACACGGGGCUUCCGACAGCGGGCCCCAUCUCUGGGGGCCCGUCCCUCCAGCCCCCGGCUGGCCCCCGCCCGGACCUCCGAGAGCAACAAGCCCGGCGCCGGCCCCCCGAAGACCGUCUUCCCUUACCCGGUCAGCCGGGGCCCGCAGAACCCCCCCAGCAAGGCCCCACGAAGACUGAGUUUCUCAGGGAUCUUCAAGUCCUCCCGGGAUUCGAACCAGCAACCCCAACAGCAAAGCACCUCCUCGGCCUCCUCCUCCUCCCCUGUUAGCAUCAAGCUCUUUUCCCGCAACAGGAGGGACAAAGCACGCGCCUUCAGUGUCUCCUCCCCUCCCCCCGUGGUCGCCCCCUCCCUCUGCGCCCCAGCCCCCCAGGAUGCGCUGGGGGUCUUCCCCCUGGAGACCUACCACAGCGAGCCCGUCCGUCGGGAGACCCGCCGCCUGCGCUCCUACUCCUCGCCCCCGGACACCGGCCCGCAGCACUACAGCCUGCCCCCGCACCGACCCCCCGCUCCUCCUCCUCCUCCUCCUCCGCAUCACCAGGGGUCCCUGUCUCCCUCGGGGGCUAGACAGGUGCAGAUCGGUGCUAACGGGAUGUCGGAGCAACCGGAGCAGGAUGCCGGGGGGGAGGACUCAGAGGAGGACAUCUACAUGCGCUUCAUGAAGUCCCACAAGUGUUAUGACAUCGUCCCGACCAGCUCCAAACUCGUGGUGUUCGACACCACACUGCAGGUGAAGAAGGCCUUCUUUGCACUGGUAGCCAAUGGGGUACGGGCUGCUCCUCUUUGGGAAAGCAAGAAACAGAGCUUUGUGGGAAUGUUGACUAUCACAGAUUUCAUCAACAUUCUGAACAGAUACUAUAAAUCCCCUAUGGUCCAGAUCUAUGAGUUGGAGGAGCACAAGAUCGAGACUUGGAGAGAGCUUUACCUCCAGGAGACCUUUAAACCCCUCGUACACAUCUCACCCGACGCCAGUAUCUACGACGCUGUGUAUUCGCUGAUCAAGAAUAAGAUCCACCGGCUGCCCGUCAUCGACCCUGUCAGCGGUAAUGCCCUCUACAUCCUCACACACAAGAGGAUCCUCAAGUUUCUGCAGCUCUUUAUGUGUGAGAUGCCACGGCCGGCCUUCAUGCGGCGGCCGCUGGGGGAGCUGGGCGUGGGCACGUACUCGGACAUCGCCUUCAUCCACCCCGACACGGCCAUCAUCAGCGCCCUGGCUGUGUUCACCCGGCGCCGCGUCUCCGCCCUGCCCGUGGUGGACCAGCAUGGUAAAGUGGUUGACAUCUACUCCAAGUUUGAUGUCAUCAACCUGGCAGCAGAGAAGACCUACAACAACCUGGACGUGACAGUGACACAGGCCCUCAGACAUCGCUCCCAGUACUUUGAAGGAGUGAUGAAGUGCAACCGACUGGAAACACUGGAAACCAUUGUUGACCGAAUAGUCAAGGCAGAGGUUCACAGACUGGUGGUGGUCGAUGAAGAUUCCCACAUCGUUGGAAUCGUGUCUCUGUCUGACAUUCUGCAAGCACUCAUCCUGACACCUACAGGUCUUGGUAGGAAAGCCAGUGUUCCCAGUCAGCAGGCCUCUCUAGACCAGGGGGCGACCGGCGACACCGGACUGGAUUCAGUGUACCCGGAUCCAAGUGGAAUGGACCCCCAAGCAGAGACGACUGAGGCAAAACCUGGACCGGAUCCGGAGCAGGAAUCUACUGAAACGGAGAGAGAGACGGAAGCCUGUACAGAGACUGACAGACAAAGGGACACAGACAGACAGACUGAGCCCAACCUAGGAGGAGCUGCUGAACAGCCGACAGACGGAGAGACGGAAUGUGAGACAGACACCCAGCUAGAGGGUGAGACAGGAGGAAUGACGGCAUGCGAGUCAGACGGACAGUUUGAAAGCGAGACAGUAGGAGAGAUAGAGUGUGAGACAGACACACAGACAGUAUGUGAGACUGAAGGGGAGACAGACACACAGACAGUAUGUGAGACUGAAGGGGAGACAGACACGCAGACAGUAUGUGAGACAGAAGGGGAGACAGACACGCAGACAGUAUGUGAGACAGAAGGGGAGACAGACACACAGACAAAGAGGUAA